AUGAAAACACCGAAGCUAUCAACGCUGAACGUGCCGCAGGGACUCCCCAAACUUGUAUAAAUCGGAACCCCCUAACCCAGCCAGAAAUCAGUCCCCUCUACGCACAUGGCCAUGAAACCCUUCUGGCGAACCUUGCUCGUGGUCAGCGCCGCGCUGACCUGUGCCACCGGCCGUCGUCACAACGCAAAGCUCAAGAGUCUGCUCGCGGUGGAUCGCGAGUGCAACCAGUACUCAACCAGUGACAGCUACGGCCAGUGUCAAACCCGAUGCCAGGGCAUUCUGGGCCGCUUCUGGGACGAUUCGGACGUAGUGCCUGCGGUAACCCUCGGUCGGUUCUACCAGCCGGACUGCGACGACCACAAUUACCUCAACCGAACCGAGCAGUGCCUCGGUGAAGUGACGGACCACGUGCGCCGCAACGACGACUGUCUGCGGGCGACCUGCACCGUCAAGUGCUACACCGAUCAGUACGGCCAGCUGGACGCGGAAAGCCCCAGCUACAUCCCGACCACGAAGCUUCAGUACGAGCAGAUCUACCACGAUUGCGCGGCCAUUCUUCAAAUCGACCCGCACUCCAUCCGGGACCUCGGAGAUCCGGACGCGCGCUGUCUGCUGCGUUGCUUCAUGAUCCGGCAGGGACUGUACUCGGACGCGGACGGUCCCAACCUGGACCGGAUGUACGUACAGUGUGGUGGGUACGUACGCCCGGACGAGUUCCGGCGGAAGGCGCUCAAGUGUGUGGAGCGGCUGCGGUACGAACCGCUGGACGCGUGCUCCCGGGCGUACUGGAUCGCGAAGGAGUGCGUCAACGUGAAGGGGGCAGUGAUGCAAAACUUUGGCGGGCUAGGGGGACCUUUGGGAGGGUUGGUAGGAGGGUCAAAACCAGGAAGCAGUGCCCAAAAUGCGCUAAAGAUUCUUUUUGAUAAGCCUCCAGUAGUUGGUGGCGUUAGGUUUUGA